GAGCACUGCUGGUUGUGUCUUACAGCAGCAGGAAGGAAGGACCUUCGAUAUCUCUCCUUCACACACUUGGGGUGAAGGAGCCUGUCACUGAAGGAGCUACUCAGUCCAGCACAAAGCUGGCCCUCCUAAUCAGUUUGUCCAGUCUCUUCCUGUCAGCAGUGGAGAUGCUGCUGCUCCAGCAGACCACCAGAGUCUAAGAAGGUCCCCGGGAGUGCUCCUUGUAGAUGGAGUCUGCUCUGUUGUGAGACCAGUCCAAUUUGUUGUACUGACUUCCAUUCAUUUUGAACAGCCUAAACAAAGCCUUAUCACUAACCUUAACCAUAACCAGUCAAUUAGGUUUUACCUCAUUAGGACCAGGUUUUGGUCUCCAUGAGAAUUACUUGUCCUGACAAGGUCAGUGUUUAUGCCAGAAAAUAAAUGAUAUGUAUAAGUAUAAUAAGUAAACACACACUAAGGUAAGCUUUUCCAUAUUUUCUAGACUGUCCAAUCAUGAGUAACGACAAUACACUUGCACCAUUGUGUAUGUGGAAUGUCCUGAUAACAACAGAGUUCCUGUGUUUUGUGUCUUCUCGAAGACGAUGGCCAGAACUUUAGUCUGCCAUCUGGACCGAGGUGUGACUGUGUGAAACGUAAAGGUCACCGGAUUUAUGCUGAAAAGAAGUGGGCUGAGCAGAAGCGGCAGCAUUUCUGCAGUUUACGGUGAUUAAUCCCUCAUGGUCGAAUAGAAACUCUUGUCUGCGAGCGACGCUUCUUUUGCAUCAAUCCAACUACAGUCCGGCACGAGUACAACCACUCGCGGAUGAACUGGAGGCAGAGGUAUCAGAAUCACAAGGCAAGAGACGGGGUCGUGAUAAUCAGGCAGGCAAGGGUCGAAGCACGGGAAGACAAGAACUGAGACUAUGUACAUGGGACAAGAGUGCUGUAACGCGAGACAGCUACAAACGAACUGGCGACGAGACAAGACAAGAUUGAGAGGGUUUAAGAGCAGUGCUGAUUAGGGACUCCUAAGGAUUUGGUGGCUCCUUUUUCCUCUGCACAACAGACAACACUGGAAGUGGAACAAAUUAAAAAGAUGUGCUGCUCAUUCGCCUAAAUACCGUCAGUCACAUCCGUGCUCAUCCUGACCUGACAUGUCAGUGUCUGCAUCAAGGACAGGAUGUCUAAAUGUGAGCUAAUCGAGCUGAAAGACCUCAGUUUAAGUGAUUCCAUCGAGCUGGCUGCUCCUGCAGCUCGCUCUGCCCCGCCUCCUCCCGGUAACACAGGCGAACCCUGCUCCUUCCAUGUCGUCCGCCUGGUUGGAGACAGCGUCAGCAUCGAGGGGCCUGGCUGUCCGACAGGAGAGACUGGGGUGGGUCACCAUGACUUUCAGCCCUACAGUCACGCUCAUCCCACCUGGUGCGACCUGUGCGGAGAAUUCAUCUGGGGGCUUUAUAAGCAAAGUUUACGUUGCAGCAAAUGCACGUACACGUGUCACCACCGCUGCCGAGCGUUCAUCCAGCUGGACUGCAGCACAGAUGGAAGUUUGUCAACAGACCUGGCUGAUUUCCCCGCUGAUGCCGUCGAGACAGACACAAAUGUGGAUGAACGGACUGAUUUCAGUAAACAGGAGCUCAGUGUUGGGGCAAUUGAGCAGAAGAUUAAGGAGUAUAAUGUCCAGCUCAACAGUAAUCUCCACAUGAUGGUUAGUAAAGGCGGGCUCUACACUGGUUUCAUCAAGGUCCAUUUUCAGUUAGUCCGUCCCGUCUCCCUCCCGUCUGCACAAGACGGCGAUCACCAGGCGGCCAGACGGACGAAGCGGCGGACGUCUUUCUACCUCCCCAAAGACGCUGCAAAACACCUGCACAUCAGCUCCCAAACACGGGUACUGGACGUCAUCGAGGCUUUGCUCAACAAGUUCACCGUGGUGGACAAUCCAGCCAAAUUUGCCCUGUUUGAACGCACUGAGAGACAAAGUCAAGUGUACAUGCGUAAACUGUCUGGCGAUGAAUGUCCACUCUACUUACGCUUGUGUGCUGGACCCAGUGAAAAAGUCCUGAGUCUGGUGUUGAAGGAAAACGAGACAGGGGAAAUCAACUGGGAUGCGUUUAGCUUUCCCGAGCUGUGCAACUUUCUGCGAAUCCUGCAGCGCGAGGAAGAAGAGCACGUGCGGCAGAUUGUGAAGCGUUACGCUCUCACUCGGGAGAGGAUGAAGCAGGCCAUGGCGAGGAUCACGACUCCUGCUUGACUCAGUAUCGUCACUGUGUUGUGGAUCGGUCAGAACUUUUACGUAUAAAAGGUUAAUUAACAAGCAGGGAUUACAUUUAAUGAGAAGCACCUAAAUGCACCGGCACUUUUGGUGCAAGUUUAGCCACUGUUGUGAAGAAGAAAACAAACUAUGCUGCUCUGUUAGGUCAUUUAUAGUGGUGGUAUAUGUUACAGUUAGUUUCAUUUAUCUUUUUAAGACUCUUUAAUUAUUGGCACUUUAAUAAUCCUAUGUAAUGGAUCUGGACAAGUUAAUGUGAAACAAUGUUUGUAUUCUAAUAAUCUAUUAAAUGGUGAUAAUAGUU